AUGGUUGUGUUUGGAGGAGAUUUCAGACAAUUUUUGCCGAUUAUCCCAAAAGGAAGUAGAUGGAUAUCAAGUAUUGGAGAUGGAACAAUUGGCAGUCCAAAUGAUGGUCAUGCAAUGAUUGAUAUACAUGAUGAUUUUUUGAUAAAGGAUACAGAAGAUUUAGUUGCAUCUAUUGUAAAUAGCACGUAUCCUUCUUUCUCAGAGAAUAUUAAUGACCCAUCAUAUUUGCAAGAAAGAGCCAUACUUACUCCGACUUUUGACAUUGUUGAAUCCAUAAAUGAAUACGUGAGUUCCCUUAAUCGCACUGAGGAAAAUAUACAUUUAAGUUUUGAUGCAACUUGUAAAUCUGAUUCGAACAUUGAUCUUAUAGGAUAUCUUCAUGCACCUGAAUUUUUGAAUGCUAUAAAAUACUCUGGCGUGCCUAAUCAUCAGUUGAAAUUGAGGGUCGAUGUCCCCGUUAUGCUAUUAAGAAAUGUUGAUCAUUCUUCAGGUUUAUGCAAUGGGACUAGAUUGGUCAUUACAGGGCUUGGUAAUCAUGUUUUCGAAGGAAAAGUUAUUUCAGGAAUCAAUGCUGAGUUUAAAGUUUUUAUUCCAAGAAUGACUUUAACUCCAUCAGACACAAGGUUGCCUUUUAAGUUUAAAAGAAGACAAUAUCCAUUGGUUGUAUCAUAUGCUAUUACUAUUAAUAAGAGCCGAGGUCAAUAUCUUUCGCAUGUUAGACUUUAUCUUAAAAGAUCAGUUUUCAAUUAUGAACAAUUAUAUGUUGCAGUCUCCAGAGUUACAAAUAGGAAAUGA